GUCUUUAGGGGUCGCAGAAGUCGCUCGCGCUCUCCAGCACCUCGCAAAGACAAAGAAAAGAAGCGAACUACUAGUACCCGUGGCCGGAGUCCAGUAAAGUCAAGUAAGGCUAAGACUAAGGCUAAAAGCAAAGGGGAUUCAAGCAAAGUGACUGCCAAAAACGGCACAGAUAAAGGAAGUAGCCGUCGAAGUCGUUUAUCAAGCAGGUGACUUGUUUGAGACCUUUCUGAAUGCUUUUUACCUCUGUUCAUUGAAUAUUGCUGAUUUAACCGUAACCUUAUGCCACACAUCAGUUUCAUUAUGUAUACAAAGCUAUGAUCAAUGUAGUUUCAAUUUGGCAGCAACCAUUUUGCUAUAUGUAUUAUUGUUUGUUUACCAUAUGUGACCUGCGCAAAUCAAAGAUGUGUUCGCAUGUUGUUUAGAGCUGACAUGUGGAAAUUUUAGAAUGGCAACAAAGACGUUGUCUCGGUCAUUAUUUAUGAGAUAUGAGUGCAUAUUAAUCAUUGUAAGCCAGGUUGGCUCGUGUGCUCUCUUAUAUACCUCGCUGACCAAACCAUGGUAACAUCAUUCGCCUCCAACUGUGUUUCACACUUACCUAAUGCUUAGCUCUGAAAAUUAUGAAAAAACUUAGGGAAAGGUUCAACCCAAAGUUUUUCAGCAUUGAUAAGAUACUAAUAAUGAUGUCAUUAUUAGUGUACACAUUCUAUGUGGUUAUGCUCAAAUGUGCUUCAGUUGCUAUUUCUCUGACAUGUCAAAUAGAGGAGAGAUUUUGUGAAUCUGGUGUCCAUCUUUAAGAUUCAUUUCACAAAGAAUCCUGUUUAUUGCCAUUAGUAUGCAUUAGACCUAAUAUGAAAAAUCUGAUUGGUCAAGAGCAUUCAAUCACUAGACUAAAGCAAGGGAAGUUGACUUACUAAAUGUAGUAUCUGCAGUGGGUAUUGGAUUUAUCAUGUCAAGUUCAAAGCCUGCCUAGAAUCCAAGCCCACCACCUUUUUGCUUUUUUUUUCACAUGAUAUCAUGUGUGGCCUCAUUGAAAUAUUGCUUAUUUUCAUGAUUGUGUUGUUAUCAGUUCAUCAUCCAGCUCUGGCAGUUCUAGCACUAGUCGCAGCUCCAGUUCAGGGUCAAGCAGCAGCAGAAGUAGUAGCAGCAGUAGUAGUGGAUCAAGUCAUAGUGGGUCUAGUCGCAGUAGUAGUGGAUCAAGUAGCAGCAGUAGUAGUAAGGAUAUCAAAGUAUUUUCUUGGAAACAGAUAUGCACAGUGUUUGUCUCAUUCACACACCUCAGUAGACCUAUCUCAUGUUAAAAAAAAAAUUCAAUCAUUUAUUAUCCAGUAUCAUGAGAGUGAUGAAUCAAAUGGACCAUCCACGUGUAGCUGAGUGGAUAAGCCUAGGAGUCCUUUCAUACUUCAAUUAUUUUAAACCCACUACAUUACUGAGUGAUUCUAUCACGAUAGAGUCUUGCUUGUAGUAGUAGUAGUCAUAGUGGGUCCAGUCGCAGUAGUAGUGGAUCAAGUAGCAGCAGUAGUCAUAAGGAUAUCAAAGUAUUUUCUUGGAAACAUAUGCACAGUGUUUGUCUCAUUCACACACCUCAGUAGACCUAUCUCGUGUUAAAAAAAAAUUCAAUCAUUUAUUAUCCAGUAUCAUGAGAGUGAUGAAUCAAAGGUACCAUCCACGUGUAGCUGAGUGGAUAAGCCUAGGAGUCCUUUCAUACUUGAAUUAUUUUAAACCCACUACAUUACUGAGUGAUUCUGAAUGAUUGGUUUGUGAACUUUUUACUACUGCUUUGAAAUCCAAGUUCCAUUGAGUAUGUGGAGCACUACAAGUCUCAUAGUGAGAAAACCACUAACCCUCUUAUCCCCUCCAGAUAGUCUUUUUCAGUUUUGAAUAUUCAAAGAUAUUCUAUGAAUUUCUGACAAGUAAUUUAAUGUUUGUGAAAAUGAGAUUGCACUCAAAAAUUACCCAGAGCUGAAUUAGGACUUUAAAAAAAUCAGCAUACUCCUCUGCAGCUCAUAAACUUUUUAAUGUUGUUGUUCAUAAAAGUAAAUACUUGUACAUCUUCUUACUAGGCAUCCAUAAUGACUUUUUUUCUUUUGUUUUCUUUUCUGUAGAUAAUGAAAAGGGGAAAGCUCCCAAGACUAAAAAAGAAGUGAAGGAAAAGGAGACCAAAGAAGUGAAAGAAGUAACAAAGGAACCCAAAGAAGUCAAAGAUAAAGCCCUCCCCCCUCCUCCUAAACCGAAAUCACCCAAAGUCUCUCCUCCCCCAAAAUCACCGAAGAAAUCGCCAAAGAAAUCACCAAAGAAAUCACCAGUCCCCAAGUCACCCACCCCGCCGCCACGCACUCGGCCCACGCGGCGAUCAGUUUCCAAAUCCGUGUCCAAGUCUCCUAGUCCUGUGAAGCGUGGACCUCGCGCCCGUUCAUCGUCGUCUUCGGCUUCUUCACGCUCACCUAGAAGACGCAAAAGAAGCCCAACCCCCAAACCGGCCAAGCUUUACGUGGCACAUCUUACACGCAACGUCACGAAGGAUCACGUUUUCGAGAUAUUUAGCGUAUACGGUCACGUUAAGUCAGUAGACUUACCCAUGGAUCGUUUUAACUUUAUGCCCAGGGGAUUUGCAUACGUGGAAUAUGACGAGGCGGACGAUGCAGACACUGCCUUGAAACAUAUGGAUGGCGGGCAGAUUGAUGGACAAGAAAUAACUGCACAGAUGGUGCUUCCCAUAAGGCCACGCGACGUUAGACCCGCUCGCCGUCCCAGUCCACCCCCGAGGCGCCGUCCGAUGCCAGCUUGGAGGAGGUCACCGCCUGCACGAUUCCGUGGCUCGUUUAGAGCGGGUAGACGAUCGCGUUCUCCGUCUCCAAGGCGCAGGUCUCGCUCGAAAUCACGGAGCAGAAGUCGAUCACCACCAAGGCGACGGAGAUACAGCCGAUCUAGUUCGAGUUCAUCGCGAUGAUAAGGACAUUGCUUUUUUUAAGGAGAGAAACAGUGUAGAAAUACUUUUAAAUACCACUAGCUGCAUUACUGGGGUGAAAUUCUUUCAACACCUCGAGGUUUCUUCAACGAAAGGACGUUUUUGCAAAGACAUUUCUAUUAUUUUUCUUUCGUCUCGUAUUUUAAAACGGUACAUUUUCCUUCCAGACAGUCGAACAAUGCCAACAUGGCAUUUCAAUUUGUCUCUCUCAGAAUUUGGAAUAGAGUCAUAAGUUUGUUGUCAGUUUCUUUCAUAACGUUCAAGUAUAAGACCCAGGUCUUUGCUAUUUUGCUGAAAUAAAGAGUCAAUCAUGAUCUGGAUGUACUUUGAUUAGAUUAUGAGGUGCCCAUGAGACUCAUGGUUGACUCGACAGUUUUUCAGUGGCUCUAAUAUUGUGCGACUGGUUCUUCUGUACAGCAUUACUAGAAAAUUAGAUAUUUUUUAAAGGGGCACUCUUUCGAAUCUUCCCUUCCUCUGAUGAGUUUUGUUUGCUCGUGUUUGGUUUUUUGUUUGGGUUUUCUUUUUUGUUACUAAUGGUUGUAUCAGAAAGAGAGCUCGAUAGAAUUUCGUUGAUUAACUGUGUACGCUUUGCAUGAAUUCAAGGAUGCCUUUGGACUUAUUGGCUUGAUAUGUACGAUUUUGUUUGUUAAUUGCGUCCAUGGAGAACAAGAUGGGUAGUCCUUGUUAUUUAUCAUGGUGCAUCCUUUGUGUGAGGCUGGCGCAAAAUAAGAACAUUGUAUCACGAUGACCCUCUCUUGUGCGUCUCAGGUGAACCUUUGAAUGUAGGAAGGAGUUGACACUAUUGUUUUAACCAUUUGUUUGCUUGGUUACCUUUAGCUUUACCUUCCAAAAGCAGAAAACGACGGAGAACUCCGGGACUUUCUCGAAUGCUUACAACAGUUGUUUUCAUUAGUUACUUUUAAAAAGAAUUAAGAUAUUCAAGAAGACACAAUAACAUUCAUUGUUACGGUGCAAAGCAAGCACUGCAAAGAGAGUUGAAUUGCGUGAACAAACCAUUUGCUGACCGAGGUAACAUCAAAGGAUUAGUUUCGAGCCAGGACAAAAAGCGAAUCCAGAUAGAUGAGCUAUAAAAUCCCUGCAGUCAGUCAUCCGCGCCUAAUUCUGGUUUGCCUUACUGGUCAAAAUGCUGUCAAAUCUUACAUCGCGUGACAGUGAUUUCGGUCACGGAAUUUGCUCAGAUUACCUCAGCAACUUUGCCUUUGAUUGAAUUCUGCUCAAAGGUUUUUUUUUCAUCUUUUUAUUCACUUAUUACUCGGGCUUUCCAAAGGAAACGCCCGAGUUGAAAUUCUUUUUUUUUUUUCCCUCGUUUACUUAUGAAAGUUAGUGAAACUUACUAUAUCUGACAGAGAAACCUGGGAACUAGAGUAACUACGCCUGGCUAAUUUUGCUUCACGAUUGUUCUUCGAUUAAUCAUGGCGUUGAAAACGAUCACUGUGUUUUGUGGUUCCAGCUCAGGAAGUGACCCAAGGUUCGAGGAGAGCGCGAGAGGUACUUCUCUUCUGUGGAAAUUCGAAUAAUUUUUGUCUAUGGUUAGACUUGUGAUCAAACGCGCACACUACCAAAUAAGUUGGAACGUACAAUGUUGUGAAAAGCCAAGAAAUGGCUGCAAUUGUCAGAGAUUAAUUCAAAUAAAUAUCUGCAAAUUUCAUGAAGAAUAGCCUAAUCCUCUGACCGUUUCAGCUUGCUUGCUUAAACUCCUUACUUGCAUAUCUGAGGAUAAGAAGAAAAUCAAGGUAACAUUUUCUGCACAGCCUCAUCCUGUUGUAAAACAAAGCUGUACGUACUGUUCAGAUACUGUCCCAAAGAGAAUUGUAUGCGUAUUGCAUACAGUAUGAGUAUGUGCAGAAAUUUUAGCCAAAUCAAUUGUUGUUGAUUUUUAACUUUCAUUUGAAAUUCUCACGUGGUUUUGAUAUCUGCAGCUCUUGGUCAUUGCUUAGCAAAGAAUAAGAUCAAUCUCAUUUAUGGUGGCGGUUCUGUUGGGCUUAUGGGUACUGUGGCUAAAACUGUUGCUGAAGGUGGAUGUGAAGUUACUGGAUUUCUUCCUGAGUUCUUUAUUGAAAGAGGUAAGCCACCAUGGAUAUGUUUACCAACCAAAAUGAACCUUAGUACCCCAAUGUGAAAAGUUAGGUGUAAUAGUGUCAAAUAAAAUGGAAUUCGAAUUAACCAAUUGUGUUGUUGAGUUGUAUGUAUAUAUUGAGGCUGAUGAAUAUCAUAUUUGAAUGCUGACACUGGAGGAAAUUACAAUUACCAGGAGUAUCUUUAACUUACAGACUUUGCUGACUUUAGUCUUAAAAAUUAUUCUUGGUCAAGCAUUACAUAGAGCCAUUUGGGAUAAUUUUCAACUGCAGAUCCUAAAGAUUUAGAAGGCAUCGGCAAGACAGUACUUGUUCAAGAUAUGCAUACAAGGAAGAGAAAGAUGUUAGAGCAGGUACCAACAAUAAUAUAAUCAUGAUAACUUUCAAUGAACUAAAAGCAUGGUGGCCCUAUGGCAAGGGCUCCAGAGGCACAAUAAAUUCGGGAUAUUAGGGAUAACCUCUCAUACAGCACCUUCUCAGUCCAAGGGAAGACUCUAUUGGGUGUGCCACUUGCAUUUUUUGGAGCAUCACAAUAACCCUGGAUGAAUUUAAUUUCUUACAUUAUUAACUAUCCUAAAUCAGAAAUUUGUGUAUUUUCAGGCUGAUGCCUUGAUAGCUUUACCUGGGGGCUUUGGAACAUUUGAGGAAUUACUGGAAAUGAUCACAUGGUAACAAACUAAUGUUAAGACUUAAAUUAGAUUAUCUACUGCCUAAGAAGACUGUUAACAAAAAUAUAUAAUCUUCUUGUUGUUUCUCCUCUGAAUCAUUUUUCAAAAAUGAUGCAACUGUUGUUGAAAGCAUUCUUUAAUCUGUUUAUUUUAAUUAUUUUUUUUCUCUUAUUCCUUUGUCAGGUAUCAACUUGGACUUCAUGAUAAACCAAUAGGAUUGUUAAAUGUGGCCAAUUACUGGGGAAGUUUUUUAGAAUGGGUAUGUUGA